AUGGGCAACUUGGAGCUCUUGAAGGGCACAGCGGCGGUGAGUUUGCUGAUCAUCGCCAUUCUGGGUGGCUUCCUGCCAUUGCACCUGCAUCAUGCACGGGUGAACCAGGAGACGCUGCGGCGCUGCAAUGGCAUGGCGGGUGGCGUUCUUUUGGCUGCAGCCUUGGUGCACCUCUUGCCGGAUGCUCAAGAGGCCUUACAUGCCGCAUCCGUGCGGCUGAAGGAACUCUUCACCACCACGGAGGAGCCCUUUCCUACAGCCAGUAUGCUAUCGGGGAUCAUGUUUUUAGUCCUGAUGAUGAUUGAGGCGCAAGUCCAAAACAUGUCGGCGUCGAGUCUAGAAGAGGCAGAUCACGGCCACUACUGCGGGGCAGAUCAUGGGCAUUUCUGUGGCGCCGACGCCAUGAAAGACGCCUUGUCCAAUCUCAAGGCGACGCGGCCCUUGCUGAAAUCAGACCUAGAAGCAGAGCAGACGGUGGGAAUCAGCAUCGGCGUGCUGAAUCGGACGACCACCUUCGUUAGUAUCUUCCUGGCAGUGGGAGCGCACAAAGGCCUGGCCGGUUUCGCCAUGGGCACCAAACUCAUGCAGUCAACCGAAAGGAGGGAGUUCUGGAUCAGCAUCCUGAUGUUUGGCCUGUGCACUCCCUUAGGAAUUUUGCUGGGCUCGUCGGUGCUGGGCAGCGUCACGGGGACAGGUGUUGGUUGCUGUUUGGCCUUGGCGGCCGGGACGUUUCUCUACAUUGCGAUCCCCGAGCUGCUUCUUCCUGCUGUUCAAAGCUCCAGAGACUGGAGGAGUGGAUAG